ACUCUUAUUUUAUCACAUUUUGAUUAAUUUUUUGUUUUGAAAUCGAUCACCGGCUGUCCAUAAAUAUGGUGGUAUGUUAACCGGGUUUUUUGAGAAAGUGAAGAUGGAGGGAGAGAGAAACAUGGCUGAGAAUGAGAAUGGGGAGGAAGAGAGUAGAGAGAGUCAGAAGAGAGAGAUGAAGAAGAAGCAGAAGAAGAAGAAGAGGCAGCUUGGAGGGAUUAAAACACUUCCAUUCAUCUUUGCAAAUGAAGUCAUUGAAAGAUUUGCAACAACUGGUUUUCAUAGCAACAUGAUAACAUACCUAACACUGAAGCUCAACUUGCCACUGGUGAAGGCUUCCAACAUCCUCACAAACUUUAAUGGCACUGCCGGUUUUGCUCCGUUGAUCGGCGCUCUCAUCGCGGACUCCUUUUCUGGUCGAUUUUGGAUGAUAAUCUUCGGUUCCACUAUCUAUCAAUUGGGAUUGGUGAGCAUAAUCUUAUCAGCAGUCCUACCGGGGCUCCGACCACCACCAUGCCCUACCCAAGUGAACUGCAAGGAAGCCUCUCACUCUCAGAUAUGGAUCCUCUACCUUGCUCUCCUCCUCACCUCCCUCGGGUUGGGUGGCAUUAGGCCCUGUGUGGUCACCUUUGCUGCAGAUCAAGUCGGCAUGACUAAAGCAGAAACCGAGUCUCGGAGCUGGAAUUUCUUCAACUGGUACUAUUUCUUCUUAGAAAUAGCAUCACUCUCUGCUCUCACAAUCCUUGUCUAUAUUCAAGACAAUGUGGGUUGGGGUUGGGGUCUUGGAAUUCCUACCAUUGCCAUGUUUGUGUCCAUAGUAGUGUUUGUUUCAGGGUCUGCAUUGUAUAAGAAAGAGAAACCAGAAGGAAGUCCGCUGCUUAGAUUGGCUCAGGUUGUUGUUGCUGCUGUACGUAAGAGGAAAGAAGUUGCACCGGCAGACCCGGGCCUCUUGUAUGAUAAUAAAAAGCUCGAUGCCGCUCUUUCUUUCAAUGGAAGGCUUCUACACUCCAACAACCUCAAAUGGCUUGACAAAGCUGCUGUAAUAACAGACUCUGAUGAAACACACCCCACCAACCCACCAAAUCUAUGGAGGCUAUCCACAGUCCACCGAGUCGAAGAACUCAAAUCCAUAGUCCGAAUGUUACCUAUCUGGUCUGCUGGAAUCCUAGCCAUCACUGCAUAUUCCCAUUCAGACAGUUUCAGCAUCCAACAAGCUCGCACAAUGGACCGUUUCCUCUCUCCCACCUUCCAAAUCCCUCCUGCCACCAUGGCCAUCUUCGAAAACCUCACUGUAAUGGUCGGCCUUCUCUUAUACGAGCGACUCUUCGUCCCCUUCGCUCGUCGUUUCACCAAAAACCCCGCAGGCAUCACCUGCCUUCAAAGAAUGGGAAUAGGCUUCGCAAUCAACAGUUUGGGUACUCUCGUUGCAGCUGUAGUCGAGGUGAAGCGAAAACACGUGGCAGCAAAACACAACUUACUCGACAUACCAACCGCGACCAUACCCAUGAGUGUUUUUUGGUUGAUUCCUCAAUAUUCGAUUCACGGGAUCGCUAUGGUUUUUGUCCCCGUUGGACGAAUGGAGUUUUUCUACGAUCAGUCGCCAGAGAGCAUGAGAAGCACCGCUGCAUCGUUCUUUUGGAUAGCGAAUGCUAUUGGGAGCUACAUUGGUACAAUGAUGGUUUCAUUGAUUCACAAGUACACAGGAAGUAAGAGGAAUUGGGUACCGGAUUGGAACCUCAAUCGGGGAAGAUUGGAGUACUACUACUUGUUUGUGUCUGGAUUGCAAGUGGUUAAUCUGAUAUACUAUUUGAUAUGCACCAGGUUCUAUACUUACAAGGCUUUGGAAGAGGUGAGUGAUGAAGAUGGGAAUGAUGGAGAUGUAGAGUUGGCCACAGAGAACAUUGGACCUAAGCCAGUGGGUGAAGCUAAUGGUAAUGGAGAAGCAAAGAAGUAGUGAGAAAGCUUGGUUGGAUUGUUUCUGAGAAUAAUUGUUGGUGAUGUUGAGAUUUUAAAUAGAAAUUUAUCAAGAAAAUUAUUGUGUGAUUCAGAUUCAUCUAAAAUAUAAAUCUAGAUAUAGUGAUUGAAUUUUAGCCACACUUUAAUAUUCGGGAUAAAUUAAUAUUGUCAAAAUUUCUAGGGAUCUAGCUUUAGUGUUAGAAUUUGGAUGCAAUGUAUGUAAAAAAAAUUAGAGAAAUGUUAGAGAAAUGUUGAAACGAGUGUGUGGUGCUUUAUUGUAAGUGUAAUCCAAAGGUCAUAAAUUUUUCAUGACCAUUUUUAUGAAAGACUUUUCAUGAUA